AAAAAAAAAAAAAAAAAAAGCCAAAAUACAAAGACUUAUACGUAACGAAAGAGAAGAAAAACAAUACUAUCCAACGGCCUAGUUGUAUCAAUGAGUCACUUCUUUUUGUCAAGUUCGAAAAUCAAUGCUGUGUAGCGCAACUGUGUAGAACAUCGGCUAUAGAUGGUCGAACGCGGUAGUUUAUAUAGAAAUAUACGUACAUGAAAUAAAGCUGAGUCAAGUAUUGAGUACAAAAUAUACUUCACUUGUCCUAUUGUUAAUAAAACCAGAAGGUUAAAAAAAAAGGCAACUCACUAGUUAAACUAAAUAUUGUAAAUAAAGUUAUCGCAAAAAGCCGCGACUUAAAGUAGAAUAUUGAUUUUUAACAAAGGAAAAAAAAAAAAAAAAAAACAAAUAUGAGCGACAUGUAUCACAGUCAUAGGCCGUCAUCCCGCUGCAUGGAUAGAUUGGAAGAUGAGCGAUUGAAAAAGCGUGUACUAAUAGGCUGCACGGGCAGCGUGGCAACGAUAAAAGUGCCGCAGCUGGUGACCAAGCUAAUUCAGCGUGGAGCGGACGUACGUCUUGUUGUCACGGAGAGGUCUAAGCAUUUUCUGAAGGAAGCCGAACUACCAUCCGAUUGUCAGGUACUAUCGGACACGGUUGAGUGGGCCGCCUGGCAGGGCCGGGGUGACCCUGUGCUCCACAUCGAUCUAGUCAAGUGGGCGGAUAUCUUUCUUAUCGCACCGUUAGACGCCAAUACGUUGGGCAAGAUGGCUUCAGGCAUCUGUGAUAAUAUACUGACGUGUGUCGCAAGGGCCUGGGACACCUCCAAGCCACUACUCUUUUGCCCAGCCAUGAACACCAGAAUGUGGGAACAUCCCAUUACGGAAACCCAGGUAAAACAAUUAAAAUCCUGGGGCUACAAGGAAGUGUCAUGCAUCUCCAAGAAGCUCAUGUGCGGGGACACGGGCAUCGGUGGCAUGGCCGAGGUCGACAGCAUCGUUCAGAUAACGCUGCGUACUCUCCACCAAAACUACAAUCCGAUCGCGUACACGCCUCAUGGUUUAAAUUUGGAUAUAUAAUAUAUAAAUAUAUACAUAU